CUGUGACAAUCCCCCGGAAACAUGCCGCUGGUAAAGAGAAACAUCGAGCCUCGUCACCUGUGCCGUGGGGCGCUUCCCGAUGGGGUGACCAGUGAGCUGGAAUGUGUAACCAACAGCACCCUGGCUGCCAUCAUCAAGCAGCUGGGAAGCCUCAGCAGACAUGCUGAAGACAUAUUUGGAGAACUGUUCAAUGAAGCCAAUAGUUUCUACAUGCGGAUGAACUCCCUGCAGGAGAGGGUGGAUCUGCUGGUGAUCAAGGUCACUCAGUUGGACUCCACUGUGGAGGAAGUUUCGCUGCAGGACAUCAACAUGCGGAAGGCAUUCAAGAGCUCGACUGUGCAGAACCAGCAGGUGGUCUCUCGGAACUCCAUCCCCAACCCAGUGAUGGAAAUGUACCAGCGCUGUGACAAGCCUCCACCACUGAAUAUCCUCACCCCAUACAGAGAUGACAAGAAGGACGGCCUCAAAUUCUACACUGACCCUUCAUAUUUCUUCAACUUAUGGAAGGAGAAGAUGCUGCAGGCAACUGAAGAUAAGAGAAAGGAGAAACGCAGGCAAAAGGAGCAGCGGUUAGUAGAAGAUUCCACUCGGGAGGUCAAGAAAGUGAGAAAAGCCCGUAACCGGCGUCUGGAGUGGAACAUGAUGGCGUAUGAUAAAGAAUUCCGACCCGAUAACAGGUUCUCACCAUCCCCAUAUCACAUGGCCUCAUCGGAAGGAUCACUGUCCCCAGAUAAUAGAUCUUAUGCAUCAGAUGCAGCUGAUCACUCAUACCCUGCCAGCCCUAACCACCCUGCACAACAGAUACUAGCUCCAGCAUCACAUCUGUCAACAGACAACAAAGAGGUCAUUCUAGUGACCAGCCAGGCCCAGGAACAUGUAUACAGACCUUCAGCAGCAGGAAGUCGACAGAACAGUCUCAGCCGUGUCCAGCAGCCCCAUGUACCACAACCUCCAGAGACUAUACUGAAUGGACCAAGACCUCAGAUAGUCAAAGAGUAUGGCCAACAGCAGAUGCCCAUGGCAGAAUACUUUGUGCCUCCUGCUCCUCCGCCCCCACCCCCUGUGAUACCUUCUGCUCAAACUGCCUUCGACAGCCCCAUCUCAGCACCCCCCGCUCUGGCUACCAGUGCCACAGCAUCCAUGGCUCACUCGUCCUAUGCACCUUCCCCACCUCCAGCUCCGCCCUGCCCAUAUUCUGCUUCUCCUCCUCAGACUGGCCCCAUGGGCCCCCCUGUUGCCCCUCCCCCUCCUCCACCUGGCCCUCCAACAGUCACUGCUUCGCCAGCUCACUCAGCAUCACCCCCCACCGUUACGGUUGAGCCUCGGAAACCUCAGAUCCCUCUGAUACCAAUGAGCGAUGCCAGGAGCGACCUGCUUGCUGCGAUUCGUAGGGGAAUUCAACUCCGAAAAGUCCAGGAACAGUGGGAGCAGGAGGCAAAGAAGGAACCAGUUGGCAACGAUGUGGCUACCAUCCUGUCCCGCAGGAUCGCAGUGGAGUACAGUGAAUCCGACGAUGACUCGGAAUUGGACGAUAACGAGUGGUCAGAUUGAGAAAGCUGAAAUGCAGUGUUGGACUGUCUCUCUCCCACUUCUUAUGUGCCACAGGUGUGUAUUAGUGGGCUUCCCCAAAAGUAAAUACUGAAAGCCAUUAGCAGUUAUGGUAGUGUGACUUGCUUUUAUGCUCUGUUGCAUUGUUUAAAAAAAUUGCAGUAUCAUCACCAUUGGUGAGUGCAUUGGGCGAAUGCACUUUAGAAGCAGGAUAACCAAAAUUUGCCCAUAAUAGCACUAGGAGUAAACACAAUACUUCAGUCUUUAAUAAUGCUGAAAAACACUACUGGGUCGGGAUCAAUGGAGUUACUCUAGAUUUAUACAGGUGUGACAGAGGUCAGAAGCUGGCCCCAGGUGUGAAUUUUUAGAAAGGAAAUUGCAUAGGCAGCACUGCUUAUUCAGCUAGAUGUUAACUGUGUAAUGAAAAACUCCUGGAAAAGAAUCAUGUUCCCUUAGAAAACCCAACCGCAUGGUUAUAGAUGUCUAGAGACCACUGUUCUUGUUUGUGUUUUGCUCAGAGCUUUGAAAUUCUGGGACUAUGGGCCUCAUGACCAGGGACAAUCUGUGUUCAUUGCUCUGCCAAUUACAGACAAGAAGCGUUUGUUUUUGUCGUUCACUUUGCUUUGCAACAGUCACAAAGGCGAGUUCAGUGCCAUAUCCCACUGUCACUUUUAAAAGCACUUCAUGAGUAGGCUGAGAUGUUUAUGGUGUGCUUAAAUUUCCAUCUUGACACUCAGGUUCCCUGGAGAAAAGUGUGAAGGGGAAGUUCAGUAUAAACCAUAGAACCAGCUGUCCUUUUGCAGCCAAUAAAGAAACAACACCCUUGUCACUGCUUUGAAUGCUGUAAGGCAUAUUGCAGGUGCAAAAGAGUGAGCAAUUUAAUUUAAGCUGUCUAGAGAAGAUUCUUACAGCCCUGAAAUUAAUGGCUGUUUGAACUGUCUUAAUUUGGUAUUUGCAAGGAAACUCACUGAGUGAAAUGGUGCUCUUAAGUCACCUGUUUGAAAUACACAGUGAGCAAUAUUUGUCCUUUUGGGUUGAUUUUGUUUUUCACUCUCUAGCACUAGAGGAUAUGCCUGCAUGAUGUGAGGUUAACUCAGGCUUAUUGAGUUACAGAAGAAAAGGGUUAACGAGGGCCCAGUUCUUCCACUCCAGUGAUGGAGUACAGCUAACCUCGUGAUGACAAGUAAAACUUGGCAAAAUAGGGCCCUGGGUUAUAAUGCCGAAAAUAGCACUUUGGUUUAAUUAAAAUAGAAAGCAACUUAAAGAAGUAUUUGCAUGCAGAUAUUAAGGGAGAAGACACUGGAAGCCAACAGGAUCCUGCAUGAAAUACUGAAAAUUGCAGCCAGUCACAGCUCUAGGAGAAUGUGAAAUGGGUUCUGCUGCAUAGAAAACAAGCUAGUGGCCGUCUUGAUUCUGAUUGCAGUAUGUGGCCAUAUAAGGCCCGUGUACUGUAAGGGACCUAAACACACACGUGCUUCUAGCUCAUCAGUGAGAUCUCCAUUCUGACUUCCCUUGACUGCAGUCCCAUCUCCCAUCUGACUUUAGAGUCCUGGAUGGUGGAGGAAGUUGAACUCUCUUUCUAAUGGGAAUCUUGCACUUAGGUCCACCUCCUGGCUUUUAGGCCAUGACAAAUGAAGGAUACAGACAGGUAAGAGUCAGCCGCAGUGUUAGUGCUCCAUUCUCUGAAGGUAGAGAGACUAGGUGAGAGACAGAGAGGGUGCUGGUUGGAGUCCACAAGUGUCAUUGCAUACAGAGCACCAUUUAGCUGGUGCAAAAACUCACCCUCAGUAACUUGGUAAUGUCAGUGCUGAGCUGUACUCUAGGUAUUCAGCUGUUUUCCUCCUAGAGAGGAACUUGUUCUUGUUGAGACAUAAUGAAUACAGUCUGUAAUCCCAGCCAUCCUCUGGCAAUUGGUGGUCCUGAUAACUAACAGCUCCUUUACUAAAAGGUUAUGUGUUCUUCAGGACCUUGAUUCUCCUGCUAUUUGCUCAUGAGCAGUAACAACUAUUUUCAAGGAGGCCAUUACUUGCUUUGUCUAAUGAAAUUAUAACCUGUCCCAUGAAUUUAACCAUAUUCAACUGCUCCCAUCCCAGUACCUCCUUUAGACCAUUAAGGAUUGGUUUGUGGCUCUGUGAGAUCCAGGCAUGCCACAUUCUCUUCCUUCUUCAGCAAAUAUGUGGAUCAGUCUGUGGGUAGUGCUGUGUCGUCUAAAUGAUUUUUUUCAUGUGACUGUGUUGGGGAGAAGAGCUCAAGAAAUAGUGCUAGUGCACAGGACUGCUUGUAAUAUAUUGUACAGAAGUUUGUGGGUUGGCACAUCCAUUUCUGGGAGUGGCAAAUGGUACCUUUGAAGGGGGUCCUGAUGGGUUGAAGCACAGGAAGCUACUAUGUGAAUGACCUCUUGAGGCACAGUAAGCUACUAUGUGAAUGACUCUCCAGUUCUAACCAUGUAUCUUAAACUAAAUCGAAAAGGCUUUUGGGGUGGGGUGUGGUCUUCUCUUAAGCAAAUCUCUGACUUUCAUCAGACUGUACGUCUGAGUGAGAGUUGUACGUCAUAAGCUUGUAUUUUAUCUUUGAAUCUCAUGUCAUGAUAGUGUUACUGAUAUGACUAUUCCUCAAACACCUGCUCCUGCUUUGCUCAUUAAGACCUGGUUUAAAGUCCAAUGAGAUAGGACUGCUACUAACAAAACAUGUUAUGGCUGAAGUGUGGUCAACACUUAGGUUCUUAUGUGAGGGACCCAGGAACACAGGAUGAGCCACACUAGGUAGGAUCCCAGGUCCUUCAAGUGCAAUAUCUGGUCUUCAGCAGCAGCCAGAACAGAAAAUAGUGAUAGCUAUAUGUGAUAGAAAAUCCCCAUAAUGCAUUCAGCUGGUUUUUACAGAAACAAGGGAGUGGAAUAUGAAAAUUCCCUAUAUGAACUGAAUAGCAAUAGUUCCUGAUACAGAUGACAUCCCAGCCAAAGGGAGGGACAAGGAAAACAAGACAAGGACCCAGUAAAAUGCAGCACAGCCUCCCAACAACAUUGACCUAGAAGAGAACAGCUCACAUGCAAAGCCUCUGGAGGAGGGAAUGUUUAGCUGAUUUGGAAGGAGCAGCAGAGCUGAACUGGGAAUUCAUGGUUUGCAGUGGUUACUAGAGGCAUUUGCUCUGGACAUCACCCUCACUCUGCCACUGUCCCCCUGAGCAGUGGAAGAGACAGAGACAGCAAACUGCUGAAUAAACUAGUAGUCAAAACCUGAUGUCUUUGCUCAAGCAGAGGAAUGCUGAAGUGAUGGAGAUACUUUCCUCAAUGAGGUGGACAGGACUUGACCUUAUGACAAAAUAAGAAAAGGCCUUGUUGGUUGAAAGUAACAUUUAAACAAUCACGUAUAAGUAUUUAUUGUAUAGUGUUGUUAAUAUAUGUGUGGUUUUGAUAUGAUACAUACAUGAAAAGAAAUACCAGAUAAAAAGUUUUUAUUUGCAAAAUGAAAAUAUAUAUGUAUAUAAUAUAGAGAGAUAGAGAGGGGAAUAAUGAAGACAUUAAUUGCCUUUAUCUUUUAUAUUCAUUCUAUAUUUAUUUCAUUUGGGCCAUAGGGCUGUGAUUAAGCAGUGAUGAGGUGGGGCAACAAACCCUGAGCAUUUCCCCCUGUCAGUAUGGGUAGAGGCAAGGAGACAGACAGGCAUUUGUGCAGGAGGGCUAAACCGCUCCUUGCUAUGUUUGACUGGCCAGUAAGAAUGGGACGGACUGAUGAGGGACUUCCCUUUCUGGCUCUUUGCAAUGGCUGGGCAUGAUGCCUGCCCUACCAUAGUGGGUUUUUAAGAUUGGAGCAAUCUUAUAAAGAGUGGCCAGCUGGACUUUGCAAGGUGUGUGGUGCAGAGCUGUAGGCACGAUGCCUCUGAGCAGUGAUUCUCAGCCAGGCUGCUGGGGCACCCUGGGGUGCUGCGAGAUCC